CAGUUUCAGCUGCGUCCUUGCCACUUGCCCUGCUCUGCUCGCAAGUCCGCAUCCUCACUCUAACAUUCUUCUCUUUCAUAGUAGUCAGUCAGUCUCCAUCAGUCCACUCGCGUGGUGAUCAGUUGAUCAGUUCAGUUCAGUUACGCGCUUGUUUACGUUCGGACUCACUAUCGGACCACUAUACUUCGUUCAUUCUCUGUUGGACAAACAUUGUAGUGCAAAUUGCCUAGCGACGCCGUUGUGUUUCACUUUGUGGAUAAGACAUCAUGGUGAUAGAAACUAUGGAUACUCCCGGAGGAUUGCCAGAUGUCUUCAAAGACACCUCUGUACUCAUAUCGGGGGGAACCGGUUUCAUGGGAAAAGUCCUCACAGAGAAACUGUUGAGAUCAUGCCCUGACAUUAAGAAUAUCUACCUUCUGAUUCGAGAGAAGAAAGGAAAGAACUUCGAUCAGAGACUGGAAGAAAUAUUCAAUGACCCGCUAUUCUCAGUGGUUGAGAAGGAAUACCCGAAAUUCCGAUACAAAGUCAGUGGAAUUCCCGGGGAUAUUGCUGCUCCCGGCCUGGGACUCAGCCCUGAGGACAGAGAGAAAAUCAUCCAGGAAGUGGGAAUCGUUCAUGGAGCCGCAACUGUCAGAUUUGACGAGAAACUCAAAAUUGCAUUCAACAUCAACAUCCGUGGAACAAGGGAGAUGCUGGCAUUGGCUAAGGACAUGAAAAAUCUCAAGGCUUUUGUACACAUAUCAACAGCUUACGCCAAUUGCCAUCUGGAUAGAAUAGAUGAGAAAUUGUAUGAAGGACCAAUCGAUCAUAAGAGACUUGAACAAAUUGUUACAAACGUGGAUGACGACGAACUCUUGGAAGCUCUAUUACCAAAAUUACUGAGUAAAUGGCCAAACACUUACGCCUACACGAAAGCUGUAGCCGAACAGGUAGUCAGGGAAUUUGCAGGAAAUCUCCCAGUAUCAAUCUUCAGACCAGCAAUUGUGGUUGGAACGGCAUACGAGCCGGUGAUUGGCUGGACAGACAACGUGUAUGGCCCAACCGGAAUUGUGGUCGGUGCAGGGUGUGGUGUGCUCCGAACCCUGCAAGCCGACCUCACAUGUGACGCCAACAUCGUUCCGGUCGACAUGUGUGUCAACGCGCUCAUCGCAUGUGCUUGGGAAUGUGUUCUACAAAGGAAUAACAGUCAGGUGCUUCCGACAAAUCAGGAGACCGAGCCAGAGAAACCGGAAGACCCGAAAAUCUACAACUACGUCUCGACAGUUGAAAAGCCAUUGAAGUGGGGAAAUUUCAAACAGUUGAUUGAAGUUCACGGAACCAGUGUACCUACCAUAAAAGCCAUGUGGUAUUAUUUUCUAGUCACAACUAAGUACAGAUUCCUAAGUAUAAUCUUCAGCUACCUGCUCCACUACUUCCCGGCUUUGAUCAUUGACUCGGCCGCAAAAUUGACAGGAAAAGAAAGUCCCAACCUCUACCAGAUAUACUCGAAAAUCGACAAAUUCAGCACAGUGCUAACGUAUUUUGCAACAAGAAAAUGGGUUUUCACGAAUCAGAAUGUACAAAAUCUGUGGCUUCGACUCACUCCAGAAGACCAGGCCAAGUUCAACUUUGACAUGAAGAAGUUGGACUGGGAUCACUUCUUCUACAACUACAUCAGAGGAUUGAGAGUGUACCUGCUUAAAGACGAAAUGUCCACAUUGCCUGACGCUAUGGUUCGCUGGAAGAGGUUUUAUUGGGCUCACCAAGUGGUCAAGGUUCUCCUAGGUCUACUAGUCUUCAGGGUCGCACUGUUUGUCUUGCAAGUGGGCUACAGCUUCUUAUUGGCCUGAAAUCUGCAUCGAGGCAUCCGAAUGGAACAGUCUUCCAUUUCUUUGUAAUCCAUCAUUCGAUCUGGUGUCAUUGCAAUAAUAUUGUAAAUACAUACUAGGAGGUUAUAUUUAUAUGUUUAGUUAUUGAACUAUUAUUUUUGAAACUUGAUCAAUAAAACGUAUUGAGAAAUAUUUAAGGAUAUAAUUUUAAAAAAAGUAUGCGAUUUGUGGCAUUUUUCCCAUGAGCUAGGAAACUGCAAUUGAAAAUUGUGUAUCUAGCAUUGACCAUGGUGAGAAAUAUUCAUAAUUUAUUUGAAAACAUCUACACAAAAUAAUAAUUAUCUGUUUCAAGACAAUAGAAGCGUAUAUAUUAUUAAACUUCUAUGAAAAAAAUUAUAAAUUUCAAAUGAGCAAUGAUUAUUUCAUACUUACUCAAGUUUGUUUCUAGUAAGAGAAAAUUUUAUAAACAGAGUUCUGAAAAUUUUUCAAACAAUUUGUUAUUUGUGUAAUACAAUUACAUUUUUGGAUUAUAA